GACUGGAUGGCUGAUACGUCCCUCCUCUGCUUCGGAGAAAACCAUCGCAAACCAGCCAUCCACACGUACGCCUCGCGCGACAUGCUGCCUCACGUCGAGUUGCCGGUCAGGGCCGCGGCCGCGUGCACCGGCGCGGCGGGCAUCAAGCUGUUCGGCAAGGUUAUCACCACGCAGCAGCAGCCGCUGCCGGCGCCGCCCAUGCACGCUGGUGGCAACGCGCCGCCGAGGCUGCAGAACCAGGCGCCGCCGGCGCCGGGGCGCGGGAGCGCGGACCUGCUGGAGGAGGCCGCGCGGGCGCGCGCGGCGGCGGCCGAGGCGCGGCUGCCGUGCCCGCGGUGCCGGAGCCGGGACACCAAGUUCUGCUACUUCAACAACUACAACGUCAACCAGCCGCGCCACUUCUGCCGGGCCUGCCACCGCUACUGGACGGCCGGCGGCGCCAUCCGCAACGUGCCCGUCGGCUCCGGCCGCCGCAAGAACCGCCCGGUGCUGCCGCCGAUGCCGCCGCCGCACGCCGCCACCAACACCGGCGCCGACCACGCCUCAUCAGGAUCGGGGUCGCCUCCGGUGUUCGCCGCCUCCGGCCUCGCCGUUCCCUACCGCGGCUCGCCGUUCCACCUCGCGCCGCCGUCGCCGGCCUGCACCGCCGCCAGCGGCCUCCCAGAGGCGACGACGGGGCAGUACUGGUGGCUCGUGGCGGGCGGUGCGGUCGCGUCGUCGGACCGCGCGUUCUGAUCCGAGAAAUAGGGGCGCGUUCUUUUUUCGGUAAACUCUUUUCACGGAUGGAAAUGGAACGAGCCUGCGGCCCGGUUGGCUGCGCGGUGAAUAGGGGUAGGGUGUUGACCCGGUGAGGACGCUUUGCCGAGUGCAGCGCAGGAGGCUUUUUAGGUGUAACCGUGUCAUCUUUGCACAGGAAUCGAGGUGUCUGUUCUGAUUCUUUUCGUUUGGCUUUGCGUCGGACUUUCGUGAAAGUUGUUCUAACCUUUUUUUUUGGAACUUCUGUGAAGAUGGGAUGUAAUUUAACUUUCAAAAAGUUGUGAAGAGGAUGCUCACUGCUUUUUUGAAUCAGUAACACGCUCACUAAAUCAAUUUAGUGAUCGUUUUUCUUUUCUUUUUUUUUGAGAAAAGGAGAGGGGGGAAAGGCCCAUGAGAAACUCGCGUUGCGACAAAGUCAACCCAUGAAAGCAAUCCCCUCCUGUGCACACCCCCGUUGGAAAAACCUGAAGCUUCCCGGGCUCCUAGCUAGUAAGCCGUGGUAAAUCUCAAGUCCUCAAUAAUCUGAAA